CUGGUUCAAGAUGCUAGAAGAUCAUUCAUAUGAAUUCGUCAUAAACUUUAGUGUUCUGCCACUGAAGAAAGGGUGACAGUCCCAAAGUUCAGAUCUAGUUGUGUUGCUUAGUUACGGGUUUAUAAUGGAAAACAUCCUACAUACUAACAUCAGUUGAACAUAAUAUGAAAGGUGAAAUAUUUCCUUUGCUCGGUGGGAGGAGGGAGAACUGUGCACCGAACAAAACAUCUGUUAAAAGUGUUAAACCCGCUGGCUGGUUUAGAUAUGUGAUAGUUUUGCUGGUGUGUUGUGGGUUCAUAAUGGACUACAUCCUACGUAUGAACAUAAGUUUCGCGUUGGAUAGUGAUAUGGUGGCUGCACCAGAACAUUGUACUGAAAAUGAAACAAGAUGUUGGUCCCAGGAACAACAAGGUUACGUUUUGAGCUCCUUUUUCUGGGGAUACUGGGCCACGCAGCUUCCGGGCGCUGUGAUAUGCUGUUAUUUUGGGGCCAGCAAAGUCUUUGGUAUCGGCCUCUUCAUCGCCAUCCUAGCAACCUUCCUUUGUCCUUUUAUCUCUGGUGUCAACUUUUGGCUGUUUAUUGCACUGCGUCUUUUCAUUGGAUUGGGGCAAGGUGUAACAUUCCCGGUGGCCCUGAACAUCAUAGCAACCUGGGCCCCUACUUCUCAGUUUGCCACAUUUUCAGCUUUAAGUUCCGGGGGUCAGUAUUUAGGGGCUGUCCUGGCGAACUCUGUUUCUGGACUGUUAGCUUCUGGUAGCUUUUUAGAGGGCUGGCCCAGUCUUUUCUAUGUGUAUGGAGGCUGUGGAGUACUAUGGGCUCUGCUAUGGUUUGUCUUUGUUAGAGAUGAUCCGGCCACAUCAUACUGGACUUCCAACGCUGAAAGGGAAUACUUGGCCGCGACUACAGUCCCUAAGAAAGCAGUUCAGAUAUCUGAAAUACCUUGGAAAAGUAUUCUGAAGAGCGGACGAUUUCGGUCAACUUGUGUCAUGCACAUGUGUAAUGGGUAUGGAUUCUUCAUGUUACUGUCAGACAUUCCCAAGUUUAUGAUCGAAGUUUUGCAGUACAACAUGAAAGACUCCGGGUUUAUAGCCUCGCUACCUUACGUCAUGAUUUACCUUGGUUACACUUCCGGUGGAUACUUUUCUGAUCUUCUUAUAAGAAACGGAAUACUGUCAAAAACAUGGACAAGAAAAUUUUGUAGUGUUGCUGCCCAGAUUAUUCCGGCCAUUCUUCUGGCUGCCAUGGCCUACUGUGAGAACAAUGUCCCCAUUCUGAUUCUCUUGAACAUAACAAUGUAUUUCCAGGGUUACGCCAACCUCUGCUAUUAUGUGAAUUAUGUUGAUCUCUCUCCUCGCUUUUCUGUGAUCCUCUGCGGUAUUGGUAACGGCCUUAGUGCUGUAGCUGGAAUCCUGGGCCCCAUCGCUGUUGGAUUCCUUGUCAACGAUGUUGAUCCAGACGAUUAUGAGAAACUGCAUGAACGUUGGAAGAUAGCCUUCCUAUCGGCUUCAGCAGUCUGGAUGUUUGGAUCUGUACAGUACUGUGUGUUUGGUUCUGCAGAAGUUCAGCCCUGGAAUUCCCAUGGGUUGGAGGAGGAAACGUCUGUGAGGGAUGAAGAUAUUAUGUAUACUGAUGUCGAAGCAUGAGCAGGGGAUUCGGUAUUUAGAGGAUUACACUUUCCAGGACUCUGACUUGUAACUGAUAUGUAUUUGAGCUCUUCAUUGACUGAAUAAUAAGGUGAUAAAGUGUUUUCAUCCUAUUACACACAUUCACUGGCUAGUGACUAAAAGUAA